CCCACCUCCACGUGGGGCCACGGGCACGCCUGCUCCACCUGCCGGCGCCACCGCCCCGGCGUCCGCGUGCAGCGCCAGGCUAUAUAGCAACGCCUGCACAGGCGCACGCCCACCCGCCGUCCUUCCCUGCUCCUGCGUCCUGCUCCGGCACUGCAGCCUCGCCCUCGCCCUCGCCCCCCGCCUCGAUCUCCACCAUCACAGCGCACCCGUGAGGUUCCGGCCGUGGGCUAGCAGCGACCGGCGAGCCGCGGCCUGGCCCAUGACGAUGAAGGGGUUACUCCGGUGCGUGUCGACGGGGGCGUGCAGGGUGGCGCCGGGCGCCGUGGCGGAGCCGUCGCCGUCGUGGCACGGGGCGGGCGGGGGGAAGGUGCCGGCGGGGCACGUGCCGGUGGAGGUCGGCGCGGAGGGGGAGGAGACGGAGCGCUUCGUCGUCCCCGCCGAGCUGCUGUGCCGCCCGCCCAUCGCCGAGCUGCUCCGCCGCGCCGCGCAGGAGUACGGCUACGCGCGCCGGGGCCCGCUGCGCAUCCCCUGCCCCGCCGCGGCGUUCCGCCGCCUCCUCGGCGCGCUCGCCGGCGCCGGCGCCGCCGAUGCCGGGCUCGCGCUCGCGUACUUCACCGUCGUCGUCUGAGAUCCUCCUAGCGUAGCGGUUUCGAUCGAUUCCCCUUGAAGCGUGGCUGUGCAGGCGUGCGUUGUGUGCUGUUCGCUGUUCUUGCUCCUCUAGAGAUUCCAUUUGUUUCUUCUUCUUCCUUUGCUUUUCUUCUCUCCUUUUUUUUUUGUGUAAUAACAUGUUUGUAAAUAUGUAAAUCCAGAUCGAUGAGAUGUUCAUUCGGUAUAUUUGCAGCAUAAAUCUUCGCCCUUUCCCCUUC